GGGGCAGGUUUAACUUCGGUUCUCCUGCUGGCCAGCGGCGGCGCUAGCGAACGCUCCUCACCCGUCGAGCAGAGCCGCGGUUGUUCUCUUCGCGUGUAGACCACAGAGCUGCUCCACCUGGCGAGUCUCGUAGGCUUGUAGCGCCUGGCCGGCUUCCGCUUCCUUGGACGGCUCUCCGCCGGCGUGCUACCGCGCCUUCGCCGGAUCUCCUGGUCGAGUCCGCACCCGCGUCGGGAUUCGCCAAUACGCCGUCGUCAGCAUCACAGACAUAGUUGAGUUCCACACGCACCCGUUUUAUCUUCGCCGAGUCACCAUUCCAAUUCACCUGCGAACCUCGUGGGAUCGCGGCCAGUUCCCCCUUUUGUCGGUCGGAUCGUCUUUGCCAAUUAGCCUUCGUUGCACUGGUUGGGAUUAGAUCCGAAGCAAAAAAGCGGGGAUAUCAGAUGGGUUUUGGGCAAGUUGUGAUCGGACCUCCAGGGUCUGGAAAGACCACCUACUGCAAUGGCAUGUCUCAAUUUCUCAAACUUAUUGGGAGAAAAGUGGUUGUUGUCAAUUUGGAUCCUGCAAAUGAUUUGUUACCAUAUGAAUGUGCCGUGAAUAUUGAUGAUCUAAUAAAACUCAGUGAUGUAAUGUCGGAGCAUUCUCUUGGUCCAAAUGGAGGUCUUGUCUACUGCAUGGAUUACUUGGAGAAGAACAUUGAUUGGUUAGAGUCCAAGCUGAAACCUUUUCUUGAUGACCACUACUUUCUAUUUGAUUUUCCUGGCCAGGUUGAGCUUUUCUCUCUUCAUUCAAAUGCAAAGAAUGUCAUCACUAAACUUGUACAUACGUUGGAUCUUCGGUUGACUGCCGUCCAUCUAGUUGAUGCUCAUCUAUGCUGUGACCCUGGGAAAUAUGUCAGCGCAUUGGUGCUUUCAUUAACAACCAUGUUACAUCUGGAUUUGCCACACAUAAAUGUACUUUCCAAAAUUGAUCUGAUCGAGAACUAUGGAGAACUUGCUUAUAACCUGGAAUAUUAUAUGGAUGUUGAAGAUCUAUCCUACUUGCAGUAUCAUCUUGAUCAGGACCCUCGUUCGUCAAAAUACAGGAAGCUCACCAAGGAGCUAUGUGAUGUCAUCGAAGAUUUUGGCCUCGUCAACUUCUCAACAUUAGACAUUCAAGACAAAGAAAGUGUUGGUAAUCUUGUGAAGCAGAUAGACAAAAGCAAUGGAUAUAUAUUCAACGACAUACAGGGUAGCGUUGUGGAGUUUAGCAAAAUUGCAGCUGCGCCACUAGAUUGGGACUAUUACAGAACUGCUGCAGUCCAGGAGAAGCACAUGAAGGAUAAAUAGUUAUGCAGGUGGCAGAAAUGGCUAUCGGGCAGGGAGCUAGUGACGAGGCGACUCCCUUUGUAUCGGUUUAUCCACCCUGCUCUAUUACCUGCAAAUAGGAAAAAUCAAGCUUCAUCAGAAGACAAACUGUGAGUGAAAAAUUGUAUAUGCUUUGUCAAUCUAUGAAUUUAGUGAAGUAAUUUACUUUCUUUGAACAUAUCCUCACAACAAUAAAGCUAUCAGAAAAUCAGAUAUUUUAAUGUCUUCUACUUGUUUUCGGGCAAGUUGUUUACGUCCUAAUACAAGUUGGUACGAGAAGUUUGUUAA